CACACCCAAUUCAUUCAUCACUAAUCACAAUCUCGAUUUCGCAAAACCCUAGCUUAUCUGCGGCGGUCGCGAAGAUGCAGAUCUUCGUGAAAACCCUAACGGGGAAGACGAUCACCCUGGAGGUGGAGUCGUCCGACACCAUCGACAACGUCAAGGCCAAGAUCCAGGACAAGGAAGGCAUCCCGCCGGACCAGCAGCGCCUCAUCUUCGCCGGCAAGCAGCUCGAAGAUGGCCGCACCCUCGCCGACUACAACAUCCAGAAGGAGUCGACGCUCCACCUCGUCCUCCGCCUCCGUGGUGGCGCUAAGAAGCGCAAGAAGAAGACCUACACCAAACCGAAGAAGAUCAAGCACAAGCACAAGAAGGUGAAGCUCGCCGUGCUUCAGUUCUACAAGGUCGACGACUCCGGCAAGGUGCAGCGCCUCAGGAAGGAGUGCAGUGCGGCCUUACCUAUGUCUACAAUAAGGCCGGCGGCGAUUGAUUUUGAGAUUCGAUUAUUUUACUUUCCUAUGAUAAUAGACCCGAAAUUUUAUUAA